AUUUAGGAGGGGGCUAAAGGAGGGUCUUAGUUCUCACUGACUGAGACUUGCCUGUUCCCCUGCCCCCUGUCCUCUCUGUUGUCCAGCAUGGUGUGCUUGUGUUUCCUGGGAGGCUCCUGGAUGACAGCUCUGAUGUUGAUAUUGAUGGUGCUGAGCCCUCCCCUGGCUUGGGCCAUGGACACCUCAUCACAUUUCUUAACCAUGUGGAAGUUCGAGUGUCAUUAUCCCAACGGGACGGAGCGGGUGCGAUACCUGGCCAGAUUUUUCUAUAACCGGGAGGAGUUAGCUCGCUUUGACAACGAAGUGGGGGAGUACCGAGCGGUAUCAGAGCUGGGGCGGCCAGACGCCAAGUACUGGAAUGGGCAGAAGGAAGUCCUGGAGCGGAAGCGGACAGCGGUGGACUGGUUCUGCAGACACAACUACGGUGUUGGUGAGAGCUUCACGGUGCAGCGGCGAGUUGAGCCGACAGUGACCGUGUUCCCCUCGAAGACGCAGCCCCUGCAGCACCACAACCUCCUGGUCUGCUCCGUGAAUGGUUUCUAUCCAGGCCACAUUGAGGUCAAGUGGUUCCGGAACGGCCAGGAGGAGGAGACUGGGGUCGUGUCCACAGGCCUGAUCCGUAAUGGAGACUGGACCUUCCAGACCCUGGUGAUGCUGGAAACAGUUCCUCAGAGUGGAGAGGUCUACACCUGCCACGUGGAGCAUCCAAGUCGCACGAGCCCUCUCACCGUGGAGUGGAGGGCUCAGUCUGAAUCUGCACAGAGCAAGAUGCUGAGUGGAAUCGGGGGCUUUGUUCUGGGUCUGCUCUUCCUGGUGGUGGGGCUGUUCAUCUACUUCCGGAAUCAGAAAGGUAAGGCACCUGUUGGUAGCUGGGCCUCCCUAUAGACCUUGUGGGAGAGAAAUACAGCUUUGAUCGCAUAAACUCCCUGUGGACCAGUGGCCUUGUAGGAUGCGUUUCCUUCCCCAUGUGACCUCAGAUUUCCUAGAUAUCCAGAAAGCAAGGGUCCAUGGUUACUGUGCUUCAGCAUAAGAGGUUAUGGGUUAUAGAGAUAAGAAAGAAGUUAACAAGACAGAUAUCUUGGCUUGGGGUCCUGGGCCAAAUCAGGAAAAGCUAUGAAAGCUAAUGAAGCCACAACAGAUUUGUGUGACAGAAACUUCACAGGCCACAUCUCUCCCUUUCUGAUCCCACUGGCAUCAUGCAAUCUGGGUUGUGGUGUUAGGUGGGUCUGGGGUUGGGACCUUGUAUGUGGGGACAGAUUUACCUGUGUCUCUGUUAAGUGUAUGUUUUCCCUUUUCUUUCCCAGGACACUCUGGGCUUCAGCCAACAGGACUCCUGAGCUGAAGUGGAAAUGCUGACACUCCAGGAAGAACCUUCUUUUCAGGCUUCUUCACACAGUCAAAACGUUUCCUGUUUGGCUCGUAUUCUUCCACAAACACAGUGCUUUCUCAGGAUUUGGUUUGCCCUGGGUUCAGUGACCCCGCAGAACCCAUGCUUCCUGAUGGCUCCCUCCACCCUGUCCUUGACCUGGAAGCCCCAGUACUGACUGCAGUUCCUUAUCUUCAUUCUCUCCCAGCUCCCUGUGUAUUCAGCCCUUAAUGCCUCCUUUACAUUGGAACUCACCGCUGUACACGUGUCUUUAUCAGCUUUUCUCAAAUAAACAUGGAGUGACAAUCA